AUGGGUUUUCAAUUGCCUCGAAUUGCUAGCACAAAGACACCAGAUAUCCCAAAAGGCUACUUUGCAGUCUAUGUUGGAGAGAGCCAGAAGAAACGAUUUGUGGUUCCAAUAUCAUAUUUGAACCAACCUUUGUUUCAGAAUUUGCUGAGUCAAGCUGAAGAAGAAUUUGGAUACCAUCAUCCAAUGGGUGGUAUCACAAUUCCUUGUAGUGAAGACACCUUCAUUGAUCUCACUUCCCGCUUAAAUCCUUUCAAGUCUUUUUAUUGUUUAUCCACUUGGGAUAUAGAAGCCAUUGGUUUCAAGCUGCCUGGAAUUGUUAGCCCCAAAAGAAGUCUUACCCGAUCUUCAUCUAAUGCAAACAAGACCGCUUCAAAGACCUUAGAUAUCCCAAAAGGCUAUUUUGCGGUCUAUGUUGGAGAGAGCCAGAAGAAGCGAUUUGUGAUUCCAAUAUCAUACUUGAACCAACCUUCAUUCAUGGAUUUGCUGAGUCAAGCUGAAGAAGAAUUUGGAUACCAUCAUCCCAUGGGCGGUAUCACAAUUCCAUGCAGUGAGGACACCUUCCUUGAUCUCACUUCCAACUUAAGUGUGUGUCUGAAUGAAAUGAAAAUGGAUAUUCAAAAGGCUUCAGAAUUUCAGAACAUGCUGCUGAGUCAAAAUGAAGAAGAGGCGAGGCCAUGA